AAAAACAGUAACUCUUGUCAAGUAAUUGAAGGAAAUAGUGAGUCUAAUCAAAUGUCUGAAAAUAAUAUAUUAGAAAAUUAUAAUAUUAGUGAAGAAAUUUAUAGUGAUGAUAGUGAACUUGGUGAUACUAAUAGUGCAGAAUUUCCAAAUACUGCAUAUAAAGAUUUUAUAAAUAUAGUAAUUCGAUAUCAGCUUUUUUAUAAGGUUUGUGAUGCUAUAUUGAAAUUUAUACAAAAACAUGGCAAUAUUUCAAAGAAAAUGUUACCUCAAUUAACAAAACCACUCAUUAAAUCAUAUAAAUAUAAAAAAGAUUAUAUCUCUGAAAUUCUUGAAGGGUUACAGAAUCUUAUUUCUAUGACGAAUGAUUAUUUUGAUCUCAUGCCAACAGUUAAAAGACAAAUUAAAGAAUCUGAAUUAACUUUUAUUUUAUAUGAUAAUGUUUCUAUACAUAUGGAUCCUGAACAGGAUGAAUUUGAAAUGUUUGAUAGACUUUGCUUUGCAAAAAUAUUAUUAUUAAUUCGUAUUGUAUUAAAAGAUACUAUGACAUUUGAUCUUGCACUUAUUCAUUAG